UAUUUUCGACUACGUUGGCGCUCCUCUACGAACGCACCAUGGAUUUAGAUCUAGGGAUUGUCCGGGUCAUCACCAGGAAUGGCGUUCACCCCUGGAAGACCUUGAUGAUUUUGAUAUGGUGGAUAAAUUACCGACUAGUUGUGGGUUGCACUUAUGCGAUGAGGGUGCGACUCGCCGACACUUGUGCGGUCUUAUAGGUGGAUCUGCAGCAAGGCUUGCGACAUGGAUACUGGACGAAGUUGAGUUUUGCGGUCCUGAUGAUUUGGUUUUCUUUGAUGUUCCAGGAAGCAAUAAGGAUGAUGCCGAAAUGAUGCUGGAUGAGGAUGUUGGUGGUCGGACGAGCUUUACUGGAGUGUUCACGGAAGCAUUGAUGAUGAUGCCGAGAGGAUGCGAGAUGAUGAUGCUGAUGUUGACAACUGUACCAGUUUUGCUGGGGCAUUAACGUUGAGGACUGGUCGGCAAAUUUGUUCAGAUUUGAUAAUUACUGGUCUAUUUGCCUGUUUU